ACGAACUUGUCUAGGACAGCCAACUCGCGCCCAGUGUGAACGCUCCCAUAGUAUUCGGCAGGUUGGGAUUUUCCCUUCGUGUUCGUACGUACCUAUUCACACGAGACGUAUAAGUACGUACAAAAAGGCUCGCAAACUACAAGUAGUUACUCCACGGUACUAAGAUUGGAUUGUCCUAAUCUUUAUAAAUGAGCAGCUAUUAGAGAAAACCUCUAUUGAAUGAAAUUUAAGAUAAAAGUGGUUUAUGUGAUUUGGUUGUGGUGUUGUGUUUGAGAAAGUGAAUUAGGACCUUGAAGAUACGAAGUGUGCGUGAUGGAGAGCCGACGUGGUUUAUCAUUGGUGCUGGUGGUGGCGUUGCUGGGACAGGCGUUCAGCGUGCCUCUGGAUGCGCAGCGGCUGAAACGAGGAUAUGCUGAUAAUGAGCUAGACACGCCCGAAGGCGCCGCGGAUUUGGAGCAAGCAGCUUCAAAUUCUAGAGAUACACGGGAUGAUGUAGUCGACGUGGCCGGUCGUGAUGAAGACGAGCCUUCAAAAGUGUCGUUAGAGACGACAACGACGAAGUCCGAGUUCGCGACACCGGUGUUUGAUGACGACAGCAGCGAAGAAGAUGACGACUUCGAGCCCAUGAACACAGCGCCAUCUACCGGCGGCGGCAGCAACAUCUUCAGCCUGCUGAAACUUGCCAAUGCGCUGUUUCCGAGCUCUAGUGGCGCUAAUCAAUCGAAGACUCCAUCCAGCGAGCCAGCUUCUCCAUUCUGGACCCUGAAGAUGGACAUCCUUAGAGCUCUGCUGCAGUUCGGCACCAGUCUCCUUGGUUCGGCAUCUUCCUCGUCGUCCGCAGGGUCGGCUUAGCUUAAUGUUAGUCCGUAGCGUGCCAUAUCAUUAUUAAUUAAUUCUUUGUUAUGUAUUUUAGAAAAAAAUAAAUUUUAUAAAAUAUU